UGUCCCUACAAAGAGGGAAUAGGAGAGACGCAGGCAAUGAACGAGAGUAGACGGUGAGAGAGAGAGAGAGAGAGAGAGAGAGAGAGAGAGAGAGAGAGAGAGAGAGAGAGAGAGAGAGAGAGAGAGAGAGAGAGAAACACAGAGAGAGAAACAGAGACAGAGAGAGACUGAAAGAAAGUCUGCAUGCAGCCAGCCUGGGACAGCUUGGUACUAUAGAAAGACAGACGUUGGACUCUAGCACUAAUUUCCUCUCUGCUCCACUGCAAGCCCAACUCCUUCAGCUCACCACUGCAUCAGGAGAGCCAGCCCAUGCUCUACCUGUGGAGAGGGAGCCGGCUUCUUUUUUUCAGACACUCAGCAUCUAGGUCCUGAGGCAAGGGGAACUGAAGCAGAGUCCUGCAGAAUUGCUGGAGGAGGAAACAUUGCAGUAACAACUUAGAGUGUCUGUGUGAUUAUGGAUGACUCCAGCCGUCAUUCUUCGUAGAGCGUCUUCCUCCACCAUGGUACAGCAAAGGGGACACAAAUACCCAGCAGUUAUGGACAGUGAUACGAGCCAAGAGGUUUUCUUGGGACUGGGCGCAGAUGAUGGGGAGGAGGUUUUUGGACCGUCACCCUCCAACAAAGACCCCAACUGGUGCAAGACUCCCACGGGUCACAUCAAGAGGCCCAUGAAUGCAUUCAUGGUCUGGUCGCAGAUCGAGAGACGGAAGAUCAUGGAGCAGUGGCCAGACAUGCACAAUGCAGAAAUCUCCAAACGCCUAGGCAAGCGCUGGAAACUCCUCCCCGACUACGAGAAGAUCCCCUUCAUAAAGGAAGCGGAGCGGCUCCGGCUAAAGCACAUGGCCGACUACCCCGACUACAAGUACCGGCCCCGGAAGAAGAGCAAGAGCUCCAUGCCCGUGCGGGUCGGGGACAAGGUCCCCUUGAAGACAGGCAAGUCCCACCUGGGUGGUCGCGCAUCCGCUUCCGGCACCUCCACCGCCACCAGCAGAGGGCUCAAGGUCCGAACGCCUUCCUCCAAACACAGAGCCAGCUUCCACAGCAAUAAGUUCAAAGGUUACGACGAGGGCAUCAGCGAUGAUGACACAGUGGAUGUAGAGCUGGCCAGUCCGGUGGCGAGCCAGCCAGGAGGGCAGAGGCCAGCCUUGGGUGUCUUCCACCACCAGCAGGCUGCCAUGACCCCCGGCGAACAGCAGCCUCAGCUUGCAGCCCAGCUCAGAGUCAAAGUGUCUACCACCACCUCCCACCAGCCCACCUCCACGCUCCCUGUGGGCCUCUCCUCUGGGUCUCCUGUACCCCACAGCCUCCCAGAGUCAUCCCCCAGGGUGUCCUCUUCCUCAGAGCCUCGGGCGCCCCUCUCCUCCACCGGCCGCUCCUCCACCCCCACCUCCACCAGCUCCUCCUCUUUCGUGUCCUCGGCCUCCUCCGACGAGGAGCUGGACGAGGAGAUCUUGCAUAUUAUCUCCAACGGCAACUUCGACAGCAUGCCUAUGGACUGCUCCACUCUGGACAAAGACUUUGACGCUGCAUUUCACACCAACUCAGGAUCCCACUUCGAUUUCCCAGAUUACUGCACCCCGGAAGUGAAUGAGAUGAUAUCCGGGGACUUGCUGGUGCCCAGUAUCUCUGACCUGGUGUUCACCUACUGAGGCCCAACAUGCCUCCACAGGAUUCUGGCUUACUUGCAGAAGAUAUACUGACCUUCAUUCAUAAAAUCCUGUGGUUUUUUGGUUAUAUUAUAAAUUGGACACUUUAUUUUGUGUUUUCUCAAUCAGGUCCGUAAGUGCUAUUGCUUUUCUUUUCCCAGUAUGCCACAUCCUGAUGGUCUGGUGUACAAACAGUGAAACGUUGCUCACGUCAAGCCUUUUAUCAGAGUUAAAAUAUUCAGGCACAGAACAGGAGACCAUGUACAAACAGCAGAGCAGACACUGAACAGAUAUGUUCUUAGUAGAGAGAUAAUAGUGCUUUUAACAGUAAAUCUAUUCAGUAUUUUUUUUUCUCAGUAUUAACAGGAGCAUGUACAGUAGCAUUGCCAUGUCUUGCAAAUGCAUUUGUUGUAUAUGAAGCAGCAUAACAACCAUGUUCUGACAUAAUCAACCAAACUCAAGGCAGCAACUGCAGAUUCAAAUAAAAAAAUGCAUGUUAUCAACAAAUCAUCUGUAAAUAUCAAAGGGUAAAAAGGGAGAUCAUGUGAGGAAUAGUCCUUAUGUUGCAGCUAAUAGUCCUUAUGUUGCAGCUAAUAGUCCUUAUGUUUCAGCUAAUAGGAAUCUGCAGCACUUGUCAUCAGGCUUUUACAGUAGCAUCAGUUAAAGCAUAGGCUCUCGCCAGGAGAGAAAUCCGCUGCAGACAAGUGCCAAGGAGCCAUAAUUUAUUUCAUACUCUGUAAUUAGGUAACAGCACUUUCAUCGCCUCGCUAAUAGUGUAGACUCCAAGACAUGGAGUUUAUAUAAACACAAGCCUUGUGUGUGUGCCUGAUUCAUUCCAUAAAGUUGAGUCUGACUGUAGCGGUGGUUAGUGGUUAGAGAGUGGGGCUAAGUAGUGGAGGGGAAGAGGAAGGGAGGUUGGAGGAGUGAAAGAGGGGCUGGGGGGGUCGAUGAUGGGGGUGAGGAGAGGCUUGUCUUUCAGGGAUCUGUGCAUCUGUCCUUGCAGGCAGCAGCCUUUGUGCCGGGGUUCAGAGUGUGAGUGUGUGUGUGUGUGUGCAUGUGUAAGUGCGUGCAUGUGUGUGUGAGUGUGUGUUUGAGCUCUACUGAGCAAGCGUCUGCCAGCCGGGGGAGUGUAGGGGGGCUAGUGUAUUCAGGGGGAGAUGAGGACCAUGGCCAUCUACACACCCACCAGCACGGUAAAAUUAAUGUCAUGUCUGCAGUCUGGCUGCAGCUGCCUGAUCAGGGCCGAUUCAGCGGUGAAUGGAGGCGAAAUCUGUGUCUGCCAGCUGUCCCUCCAUUGACUCUCUCAGGGAUAGUUUUUUCUAGAGGUCCUACUGCCUCCCGUGGCUCAUUCAUCUGCCCUGAUCUGGGGAUGAGAUGCACACCACCUCUCCUCUCCUCCUAUCAUCCCUUAUCUUCUCUCUCUCAAACAACCGUGAGGGGACGAGGUGACAGAGUGAGAGAGUGAGCCAGAACCCCCUCCCCCUCUCUCCACCCCAACAUGUGAACUUUCUUAUUUUCAUCCCUCUCUCCUCAUUCAUGACAUGGCCUGGCUUUGGCACCGUGGCGAAAAGGACCAGUGUUAUUUAUUUACUCUCCACCAGCAGCUGCCGAAAAGCCAGCCAGAAAGCAGAACCAAAACCCUUCCUUCAGUUCAUAUCUUAUAUAAACUGAUGCUAAUCCCUCGUCAGACCGACCUUGUUGGAGCCAGCCAGCAUCCUCUAACAGAGGCUGCCCCAUGCGGUGCAGUGUGUAUCUGGAGCAGGCCAUGGAGAGGCAGGGGACAGGUGAUACAUGAUGGGACCAUGGGAGAUACGCUGGGAGUUUUCAGACCAAAAUGCACCGUUUGGGGUAGCAUCAUAAUGACUGUGUGGUACAGGGACCAUGACGAGAACCGUACUGGAUUUUUGUUGUGUUCCUCCUCAGUCCCUCCCCCCAGGAAACACCUGAAGGAACCAAUGCUUGUCUAUGUGCGGCAGUGUUUUAGUUCCUUGUGAUGAUGUCUAGAGAGAACUGCACCAUAACCUUUACAGUACAAUGUCUUCAUUAGCAAAAAAAUAUAUAAAUUAAUAAAUCAGGUAACUUGCUUCUGAACUGGAAGGUGGCUUCCCUCGUAGAUGUCAAUGGUAGGAGAAGAUAGAUGAAGAGAGAUGGUUCUACUACAACCAGAGGCCUUUAAGA